AUGGCUGGGAACAUCCUCAUCAUUGUUUUAAUUGUGGCUGAUCAACACCUGCACACCCCCAUGUACUUCUUCCUGGGGAACCUGUCCUGUUUGGAGAUCUGCUAUACCUCCACCAUUCUGCCCAGGAUGCUGACCAGUCUCCUUACAGGGGGCAGAACUAUUUCUAUUAUCGGCUGCAUCAUGCAAUUUCAUUUGUUCAGCUCCCUGGCAGCUGUAGAAUGUGCUCUCCUAGCAGUGAUGUCUUAUGAUCGAUACUUAGCAAUAUGUAAACCCCUGCACUAUGCAGUGCAGAUGAAUGGCAGUUUGUACCUCCAGAUGGCAUCUUUGUCUUGGAUUAGUGGCUUCCUGGCUAGCACUGUCACAAUGUCUUUGUUGGCACAGUUCACUUUCUGCGGCCCGAAUGAAAUUGAUCAUUUCUUCUGUGAUUUCACCUCUUUGAUCAAACUCUCUUGCAGUGACACCAGCCAGAUGGAACUUGUGACCUUCAUACUUUCCUCCAUCUUCAUCUUUCCCGCAUUCCUAUUAACUGUUAUGUCCUACAUUUCUAUCGUUGCCUCCAUCCUGAGAAUCCCUUCCACAAUGGGGAGGCAAAAGGCCUUUUCCACCUGCUCCUCUCACCUCAUUGUGGUGACAAUUUUCUAUGGGACCUUAAUGAUUGUCUACAUGCUACCAGAUAGCGCUACAGUGGGAAACCUGAACAAAGUGUUAUCUAUCUUCUACACAGUCCUGACUCCCAUGGUCAACCCCCUCAUUUACAGCCUGAGAAACAAGAAGGUGAACAGGGCCCUGAGGAAAGCUCUUGUGAAAUGUGUGCCUUUUCCACAAAAAUCAGUAAAGACAAACUCGAUUUGCUAA